AGGUGACUUUGACUUGGGCAUAAUAGUAUGAAUUUCCAAUGUAUUUACCCCCCUUGUCCUAUCUCCUCUCCAUUUGUGUACUAGAAGAUUGUUUCUUGUGUGGAAAGAAAAAAGAACAGAAGGAUGGGGUCGUCUUCCUCCCAGAGAAUCAACAUUAUUCAGAAACUCGAAGUCGAUAACCGUUUUCCUCUGCGUUUUUACUUUCGGAUGGCUGAUAUAUUUCUCAGACAGGCUGACAUAUAUCGGGAAGAGAAAGAUAUUUUUUACCUGUACAUUACGCUCCUAAGGUUUGCAAGUUUGGUCUCCGAAACAAUACCGGAUCAUCAAGACUAUAUAAAGGCUGAUCAAAGAGAAAGAUCCUCUCAGAAGGAAGUGAAAAAGAAAUUGUUGAAUGCUCUUGCUGAGCUAGAGGAGUUAAAACCAGCAGUUAAACAGAAGAUCAAUGAGAUAAACAGAGGAAAUGCAUAUCAAAACAGCAGGCAUGAUCACCAAACUGGGGAAAGUAUACCUCGUAGAUCUGAUAAAAAGAAAGUCGAAAGUGUGGGGACUUGUAGCUCCAGUACUGGUGGAGAGAAUUUAUCCCCACACCCAACACCAGAGUUUCCCUUUGGUCUCCGUGGUAACAAGAGAUUAAAGACAGAGACACGAACAAAAAUUUUACUUGAAGAGGCACAUGAUUGGAAGCUUACCACUCCAUGCAAGCCAAUACCACAGGCGCAUCCUGCAAUUAACCAGCCAACUGCACCACGAGUUGAAGAAGAUUUAGAGCUGGUCAAGGCUAUUGAUGCCUCCAUCCAGUCUGCUUUGCAGGAGAGGCCGCCCUUGUCUGAUGCACUCCGAAUCCAUGAAACAAUUGCAUCAAGUAGUUCGAGUACCUCCAUGGAUAGUGGAGACUUGUCACAGUGUGAAAGUGUCCCAGGAGGGGAUUCAGAUUCACAUGCAGAGAUCCAUGUUUUUUUUUUUAAGAAAGUAAGAAUAUUAUUAGAUACGAUUAAAAUCGUACAUGAGGGCAUCCAGCACAAAUUCUGGAGCAUGAGUAAACCAUUCAAGAUCCAUGUUACCUCUACCAUUCAAACAUCUACUACCUCAGAUUCAAUCCCAUCAUCUCCAACCCCAUCAGCUCCACCAGUUUCAGAUGAUUGUCUAAAUGAUCCUUUUCAGUGUCGAUCAACUGAUUCCAGUCCUAUCCAGGAAGGUGAAAAUGCUUCUUCUUCAUGUGUGAUAUGUAUGGAUGCUCCAGUUGAAGGAGCUUUUAUCCCAUGUGGGCAUAUGGCUGGAUGCAUGCCUUGUUUGAAUGACAUUAAAGAUAAGAACUGGCAUUGCCCUGUCUGCCGCGCUAAGGUCGAUCAGGUCAUAAAGCUCUAUGCUGUAUGAUUCAUUAGCAUUGAACACCUUGAAGAUUCUGUUUCUGUUAAUAGAUGAAGUUCUGUCCAA